AUGUCUACCUUAUCACUGAAUUGGAAGAAAUUGAGCAAGCGAUUGGCUAAAGACAAGCCAUUAGACGAAGGUAAGAAUGAGUCAAAGAUAUCUGUCAAAUCAGUACCAUCAAAGCAUGCGAAGACAUUGAAGAACACUGUGUCUAUCCCAACAGUGCCGAAUACGCCUGAGACAGUACUUAUGGGCCCAUUAGAAGCUUCGUUGUGGAUGAACGAAAAUGAUAUCCUUGAGUCCAACAUAAUACGUGAAAGAACUAAAGUGCCACAUACUACAGGGAAUAGUCGUAAAACCGAACCAGGUAAAUACUUAGCAAUCGACUGUGAAUUUGUGGGCGUUGGAGAAGAUGGAAGGGAAUCAGCCUUAGCCAGGGUAUCUGUGGUCAAUUUUUAUGGCCAGGUAAUCUACGAUAAAUUUGUGAAACCAAAGGAGAAAGUUACGGAUUGGAGAACAUGGAUCAGUGGUGUUACCCCCAAAGAUCUAAUUGGUGCCGUCUCAUUCCAGGAAGCUCAAGAAGAAGUAUCAAACUUGCUCCUCAAUAAAAUAUUGGUGGGGCAUGCGGUUAACAAUGACUUAGAGGCAUUAUUCCUAUCCCAUCCCAAACUCCUGAUCAGGGAUACCUCACAGUUUCCAGGAUUUAAGGAAAUUUCUCAAGGAAAACAACCGGCUUUGAAGAAAUUGACAUCACACUUCUUAAAUAUUGCCAUUCAACAAGGAUCUCACUCCUCGGUUGAUGACGCAAGAGCCACCAUGUUAUUAUUCAGGUUGAAGAGGAAAGAGAUAGAAAACCAACCCCGCCUCAAGCAUCAUGUGAAAAAGUAA